AUGGAUGUUUCUUUGCUGGAUGCUACCAUGAACAUUUCGGGCCACGAUGCGACUGCGGAUGCGUCGCAUGCUACAAGUGCACUUGUAACAGAGAUGCGUCUGUUUAGGGAGGAGUUGACGGCAACUAGACAUCUCAUGGCCACUCUAAACGAAACCAUGAGUGGACUCACAGCGAGGAUGGACGCCUGUGAAAAUCGAGUGAGCAAACUCGACGAGCGCAUUUUAGCCCUAGAGCAACGUGCUGAGAACAAACCGGCAGGUGCUGACGCCUCACUGCUUGCCACCGUUGAACAGCUUAAAGCGGAAUUAAACGAACGUGAUCAGGAGCUGUUGCAGAAUGAUGUUGAGGUCUCGUGCGUUCCUGAACAAAAGGGUGAAAGCUUGCAGCAUAUUAUAAUUACUCUUGCAAGUAAAUUAGGCGUUAGUCUGGGUGAGCAGGAUAUUGUUAGUGCCUUGCGAGUGGGACGUCCUCCAGAGGAGGUGGAUGCGCUGGCUAUGUCGACUGCACGCCCGAGAAUGAUUGUGGUGCGGUUGGCGCGUCGCGCGGUACGUGAUCAGAUGUUGCAGGCGGCUCGCGUUCGUCGAGGUGCUACCACAGAGGGUACUGGGGUGCCCGGCCCGCCGCGACGAUUCUACAUCAACGAGCGGCUGACCCGCACUAACAGGGUUGUAUUCCGUCUGGCUCGCGGGGCGGCGGGGCGCCUGAACUGGCGCUACGUAUGGACACGCGACGGUCGAGUAUUUGCGCGUCAGCAUCAGGGUGGUGACGCGCCGCGUCAUCGUCUUCGUACUGAGGCUGAUGUUUCCCGUGUUUUUGGUAUUGGAACGAUUGGUGACAAUAAAUAA